AUGCAAAAAUUGGAAAAUCUUGCAAGCGAUUUAUUUAAGCCUCCGCUGUAUGAUAUUGCAAAAUCAUACCUGAAGGCAAUAGGAGAUGGCACGCAAGAUGAAAAAAUGGUUGAAAUUCUCGCAAAACUUCAAGAUCAAUUUAAAUCUUUUCGUUCAACACCAAAAAUGGAUGCCGCACAAGUAAUUAUCUUCAUCGGCAUGAACGGAUACGACACUGUAUGGUCAGAUUUUAACAUUCUCGAUGUUAUGUCCAUAGACAAUUACUCAGCCAAAAGAAUUGCUUACACAGCAGCCGAAUUUCUAUGGACAGCAAGCUCAGAAGUAUGUUUAAUGGCAACAAAUAGAAUCGCUCGUGACUUGACUUCCAAGGAUCCUCUUGUUUGUUCCUGUGUUUUAUCUUCAAUUCCAAAUUAUUUAACACAACCAAUCGCAAUGCACAUUGCAAACGAUGUUGUUUCGAUGAUGAGUUCCUCAAAAAUAUACGUACGUCAAAAAGCAAUCACUACUUUCUAUCAUAUCUGUUGCCAUUAUCCAGAUGCCUUGAAAGCAGGCUUUUCUGCACUUAAACUCGGCUUGGAUGAUGUUGACAAAGGUGUAGUUUAUGCAACAGUCACUGUUUUCCACAUGUUUUGCUUAUUAUUCCCUCAACAAUUUACUCAAUUAAUUCCAAAGUUCUUUAAGAUGCUCGAGACCACAAAUGUCAACUGGAUUAGACUCAGACUUAUCCAGAUUCUUACUCUCCUUAAUACUGUCGAGCCACGUACAGCCAAAAAGUUAAUUCCUCUUUAUUCAAAUAUUAUGGACACCGUAACCUCACCAAAUGUCAUUUUCGAAGUCGUCAACUCAAUACUACAGAUGGGACUUGCAGAUUCCACUCUCAUUUCCCUUGCAACCCAGACAAUUGAAAAAUAUAUUCAUUCUACAGACGAAAACUUACGAUUUUUGGGACUUUCAUACUUCCUCAAGCUUCUUGAGAUACAGCCGAAACUGAUCUCCCAGUACAGAGAAGUCAUUUCCGAAUGUCUCGACAACGAUAAUGAGUCAAUGAGGGUCAAAGCCUUGGAUUUACUGGCUUCCUUGGCCAAUUCCAAGACCAUUGACAGCGUAGUGUCCAAGAUAUUCGACAAUAUCCAACUCGCGAGGAGAACAGCCACGAAAAAUAUGCUUAUUCAGAAACUGAUCGAAAUUUGCGUCCAAAACGAUUACGCCCUUGUUUCUGAUUUCGACUGGUACAUAACUGUUCUCAUGGAUAUUGUUUCCGAGCGAAAUAUCUCAUGUUAUAAAUUAUUAGGUGAACAGUUCCUGGAUUUGGCCGUCAGAGUUCCAACCACCAGGACAAGGUUGGCCAAGGAAAUGGGCACGAUUCUCUCAAAAAUUUCAAUAACAGCGGCUGAUCCUUUGUUAUUGAUCGCUUCCCACAUUUUGGGAGAAUAUUCCAGCGACCCAGGUGAUUUCCAGAGAGUUCUACAGCCUGUUGUCUCCAAUUUUGGCCCAAGAGUACAAAGCAGUUGCAUACAAUCCGCAUUUAAGAUUUAUUUGCGUUGCGCGACCGACGAAUCGAAGAGGAAAGAGCUCGAACAGAGUUUCGCCCUCAAAUUACCUAUGUUUGAGAUGUCUUUCUUCUUGGAUGUACAAGAUCGAGCACUUUGUAUGGAUUCCCUUGUCAAAUUCCUCGCUUCCGAUGAUGGAAAGGAAUCUCUGAGUGAACUCUCGUCUGUUCUGACCCAACCCGAUGAAGACGACGAAGAACAAGAAAAAUUGGAAAUUCCAUCUGACAUCGACCUUCCAAAUCCAGACUUGGACGGACCAGAAGACGAAGAAUCCAUCGUCAAGCAGGAGGAAACCGACGAAAAACAAGGCAAAAAGAAGAAAUCCGCUGGAAAGAAAGGAAAAGGCAAGAAACAAGCCGAACCGACCAAGAAAGGCAAAGGAAAAGCAGCUAAAGCAGUUAAAGGACCAGAAGAAAAGUCAAAAGUCCAAAAUAUCGGCAAAAAUGGAAUUAUUAAAGUUUCUGCCACCAAUUUCACAGUCCAUGAUGAUGAUAAUACUGUUAUUGAUGUAGAACUGACCUUCGAGAACCUCCUAGAUACCCAAAUUGACUCUGUUUCCAUUGAAUAUGAAGAUACAGGAUUUGUAAAAGGAGUUUCUCUUCAACCUACAUCACAGAUUGAACCUAAUUCGAGUAUUAAAUCAACUAUCUCGUUCCAUGUUGAGAAACAGACAGCUCCAAACGUUGCAAAAGUGUUAUUAAUUCCACAUUGUUCUUAUUCCGAAGUUCUUGAGUGUAGAAUCAAGUUGUUCCCAUCAUUGUUCCUUUCUCCAGCACCGGAAGAGAAGUUGGCAGCUGCAAAAGAGAACUUGAAGAAGAAAGAAGUCGUGAAAUUGAAUAUUUCUGCUCCUCCAAGGGAAAUUUUGCAGGCGACAGCAAACGCAAUUCAGGGAAAUGUCCUCCCUGGAAAGGACCAACAGUCUAAAACUGUUUUCGCUGAGGCAAAGAAUGGAAAUGUCGUUGUGGCAUUGAUUGCAAUUGAUGGGGAACAGGCAACACUCGAAAUAGAAUCAAAUGAUGGACAGCUGGUAUCGUCAUUGGCGAAAGAAGCUGAAAUGAAGUUGAAAGCUCUUCUAAAAUAA